GUAAGUCUGGUCAUUUUUGCGUCUGAACUCAUACACACGAUGGUGUGUUGCAACCCCUUGAUUGGAAAACUCUUGAAGGUAUGGACGAUCGCAGUGAUCAUCCUGCUGCCCAUUUUUGGCGAGGAAAGUGUGGCAGACGUGCGGGAAAUACGACGUACCGUGGAAACAAUGGAUAAUGCCAGUCACUGCCCUACGAUCCUUACUACUGUUCUUCGACGGCAUCAUCAAAGAGACCCUCCGUCUCCAUCCCUCUUGUCCAGUAAUGGACCGAGUGGCGUCCAACGCAAACACCCUCCCUUUACAAUUCCCCACGCGCUCCCGGUCUAGUAUAUGCACGUCCGCCGCCGCGACCCUGGAGGGCGCCUAUUCAAUCAUCCCCAUCCUCGCUGCAAAUCGUCACCGAGAGAUUGCUGUUGUGCACUAUUCAGUGAUGAUACCUGCUACCAUGUGGCAGUGUCUCAUACAGCAGGGCUAUACGAUCAGCAGCCGAGUGUACGACAGGAUGUAUGAUCGAAAGAAGUUGCUACAACAAAAGGCCUUUGCCCGACAUCAAGCUGGCGGAAUACUCGUUUUCCAUUGAUAACACGUUAGUACACAUACCCACUACCAUACACU